AUGCAGCCAUACACAAAUACCGGAGCAGUCAACUGUGACGUCGAUAUUGACGCGAGCAGUGUCAAGGGCAAGACUGCCAUCAUUACUGGCGGAGCCAACGGCAUCGGUGAAGCAUAUGUUCGUGCUUUGACGGGCGCCGGUGCUUUUGUCGUGAUUGCCGAUCUCGACGAAGAAGAAGGCGCGAGGCUGGAGAAAGAAUUGGGCAGUGCGGUCAAAUUCGUCAAGUGCAAUGUCACCGUCUGGGCUGAUCAGCUGGCCGUCUUCAAGACGGCACUUUCGUCUUCGCCCUCCGGCAGAGUGGACUAUGUCUUUGCAAAUGCUGGCAUCAGCGGAGCUGAUUCGGUCUUCUUCAACAAUAUCGAAGCCGAGGAACCUGAGGAGCCAAAACUGAACAUCCUCAAUGUGAAUCUCAACGGAGUCAUGUACACGGUCAAGUUGGCACUGCAUUACUUUCGCCGACAGAAUGCCGCGAAUAAGGGUGCUCCCCUUGAUCAAGUGCUCAUCCUGCAAGGCAGUCUGGCAGGCUAUCUCGACUUACCGGGGGCUGUCCAAUACAUUGCGUCGAAAUUUGGCCUUCGCGGGAUGAUGAGGUCCCUUCGCCGGACGGAGUACCAACACAACAUUCGCGUGGCAUAUAUUGGUCCUUGGUUUGUCGAAACCAAGAUUUUGAGCAAGGCCGCCAUCGAGCAUCUGAAGAAGUCGAACACCGAGUUUGCCAAGGUCGAAGACGCUGGCCAGUGCGCGUUGAGAAUCGUGUCCGAUGCCACCAUCAAUGGUCGAGCAUUCGCAAUCCUUCCCCGAAUUUGGGCGCCUCGUGGAUAUGUGGAUAUCGAUUACGACGACUAUCCUGAGGGCACGUUGUUGGAGCAGCUCCAGAGCUCAGCCAGUGGAAGCGACCAUCGCUCUCGUCUCGAUCCUGACAAGCAGAAAACGAAAACUCAAUGGUCAGCGUCGGCGACAAAUUGA